AGUAAUACAUGCCCACAAACUUUACCAUCACGCUUCAUUUGUAAACUUCAAACGAGGGGGAAAAUUAUGGGUCGUCGUAAAAUUGAGAUUGAGUUGGUGAAAGAUCCAAACACGAGGCAAGUCACCUUUUCAAAGCGGAGAACUGGUUUAUUCAAGAAAGCAAAUGAAUUGUCAAUUUUGUGUGGAGCAGAAGUGGCCAUUGUUGUGUUCUCUCCAGGUAAUAAGCCUUACUCUUUUGGUCAUCCAGGAGUUGAUAUUGUUGCAGAAACCUAUCUCCAACAAGAGUCACAAUCAAGUGAUUCUCAAGAAUACUCCUCUUUCGAAACUCCCAAUGUGGAGAAAUUGGAGAAAUUGAAUCAGGAAUUUGUUGAAAUUAUGGCACAAAUUAAUGAAGCUGAAAAGGAAGCCAAGAGUCAUGAUCAGAUCUUGAAAGAAAAUGAUGAGAGAAAUCUUGUCGAGCUUAAAGAAUUGAGAGAUUCAUACAUAGAGCUUCAAGAUUCGGUAAAAUUACGUUUAAGUGAUCUGGAGAUAUCACAAUAUAUGAUGCUUCUUGCACAGGAUCCAGUGGUAGGAGUAAAGGCAAAAUCUGCAAGAAAGAAAAGAAGAAAUAAAAACUGAUUUUAUUUUAGGUCUCAUUUCUCUCUAUGUUUUAUUUGUGUUAGAUCUAUAUGGUAUUAUGUGUGUUAAAAUUUGAGUAUUUUCUAUCAAAAUAAAAUAGAUUUAUAUGUACUUUUGUUUCUUUUAAUUUCAGCAUUUAAAUCCGUCAUCUUUCUAUUAUAAAAUCAAUGAAUCCGAUCUUUUAAUUUUGAUA